CCAGCUUCUUUCUCCCGACCUCCCUGCCCUAUUUCGUCAGGCGUAGCUUCCCGCCUGCGAUAUGUUUCGCAGAGUCGCUCUCGUCACAUGUCGCACAACCGCGUCGCAGGAGGCUGCGGCAACAUCGCGAUGGCGAAGCGUGCGAGGCCUGCGAACAGUAGCGAGCGACGGGGCGACGACGUCCGCUGUGGAAGAAUUCAACCAGGUCGAGCGAUGAAUGCGAUGAGAGCGCGACGAGAAUGCGAUGGGAAUGCGACGGGAAUACGACGAGAUUGCGGCGAGAAUGCGACGAGAAUGCUAGUGACUCAGCCAGCCUUUCCUCCUCCUUGUUGUUUCCUCUCUCCGUACCUCCCGCUUUCCGCAUCUCCCGCUUUCCGCAUCUCCCGCUUUCCGCAUCUCCCGCUUUCCGCGUCUCCCGCUUUCCGCAUCUCCCGCUUUCCGCGUCUCCCGCUUUCCGCGUCUCCCGCUUUCCGCAUCUCCCGCUUUCCGCGUCUCCCGCUUUCCGCAUCUCCCGCUUUCCGCACCUCCCGCUUUCAGCACGUCCCGCUCUCCGUUCCUCGCUCUGCUUGUCUCCCCAACAGGGAUGGAGGCGAUAUUCGGGCUUCACCCGUCCAACGACCCCCCACCAUCGCACUCCCCUGCCCGCCGUCACACUCCCCUACCUGCGCAUAUCCGUCUUGCUGUCGCGCGUGUCGUGGAAUGCCCUCGAAUCACCUGUCCGCCAGUCCCCGCCCUUUCUCCCCGCCCAACAGGAGAUGGAGGCGAUAUUCGGCCUUCACCCGUCCGCCGACCCUCUGCCGUCCCACUCUCCUGCGCAAUAUCCUCCCUCGUCCGCGCAUCCCCCGUCACCCCCGCCACAGGCACAACGAGCAUCAAGGCCCCAUUCCUCCGCCCCACCUCCCCCUUCGCCCUCGCCUCAUUCCAACCCUUUCCCCUCCGCCGCCUCCCGUUCCGCCCCUCGCUCCUACCCAAUCCAUGCACGCCACGUGGAGAGUGCACAGCUCACAGCUGAGAGGCCCCAGGAUGGCACGCUCAGCGCCCCUUCAGUGAAUAACGCUCAAACCACAUGGCGGGCAAACGACACAGGCACCAACGCACCGGCAUCAGAAUCAGCAUCAGCAUCAGCCACCCCCCGCCUCACGCACGUGGAUGCUUCCGGGAAAGCCACCAUGGUGGACGUGUCUCACAAGCCUCCCACACACCGCCGGGCCCUCGCCUCCGCUCUCGUCCUCCUGGGCCCCCUCGCGUUCCCCCUGGUCGCCUCCAACCAGAUCGCCAAGGGCGACGUGCUCACUGUCGCUCAGAUCGCCGGAAUCAACGGCGCAAAAGCCACGAGCAGCCUCAUCCCGUUAUGUCACAAUGUGCCUAUAUCGAAGGUCGGGGUGACUCUGACUCUAGACCAUGAAAAACAGGCUGUGGAGGUGAGGGCGGAGGCGUGCACGGUGGCCGGUACGGGGGUGGAGAUGGAGGCUUUAAGUGCUGCUGCUGUGGCAGCGCUGACUGUGUAUGACAUGUGCAAAGGGGUUAGCAAGGGAAUUGAGAUUAGGUGGGUGAGACUGGAGGAGAAGAGUGGCGGGAAGAGUGGGGAGUGGAGGCGAGGAGAGGAGGGGGGGAGAGUAGAGGAGGCGGGGAGAUGAGGGGAGGAGGGGAGAGCAGGAGGGGAGUAGUGGAGAGGCGGUUCGAUGAUGGUCAAAGGAGGGAGGGAGAGUGAGAGGAGGCGUUAACAGCUGCUGCUGUGGCGACGUUGACUGUGUAUGACAUGUGCAAGGGGGUGAGCAAGGGGAUUGAGAUUAAGUGGUGGCGCCGCUGACAGUGGGGAUGAGCCAGGGGAUGGAGAUUAGAUGGGUGCGGUUGGAGGAAAGAGUGGAGGGAAGAGUGGGGACUGGCGGCGAGGAGGGAAGGAGAGGGGGAGAGGAGGGGAAGGGAGGAGUGGGUGAGGAGAGGAGUGGGUGAGGAGAGGAGUGGGUGAGGAGAGGAGUGGGUGAGGAGAGGAGUGGGUGCGACGAAGGGGAGAGGAUGCACAGGGAAUGAUUUGGGGAGCAGGCAGGAGAGCAUCUCUCCCCUUUUCUUUCGCACUGGUUGACGACUGGCUAGCUGAAUCCAUGUUGGCUACAGGGCAUAUAGCAUCAAGACAAAGAACGUGGGCGGCGUGAUCAGCCACUACCUGGACGGAAUCUUCUUACUGUUUCAUCUUCGCCGCCCGCCCUGUCGCACAGGUUCAUCUGCAGCAGCUCUGUGUUAAAGUAGCUACUAAGCAGUAGGCAGGAACAAGGCCGCCAUGAAUGUGGCGGCGGGGUUUAGCUAGGAGAGUAGGCGAGAGUGUCGAGAGAAAAAGAGUGAUGAUUAGGAAGAGAGAGGAGUACAAGGAGGGGUUUGUACCCUCUACAGAAAGGUUCAGUAACAACCUACCAAGCCU